AUGGGUGAAGAAGGCAACCAUAAGGUAAAACUGAAACGCAAUGUAUUUACCCCAGAGGAGGAUGUUCGUUUACACAACCUCGUUAUGGCCUAUUCUGAAGACUGGAAAACCAUUUCUUCUUUAAUGGGGACCAGAUCUCCAAGACAGUGUCGAGAACGAUAUAUUAACUACCUUGCUCCUGGAUUGGCCAACGAUAAAUGGACUCCCCAAGAAGAUCAACUUUUAAUCGAAAAACAGAAAUUAUUCGGGAAAAAAUGGAUUCACAUAGCUCAGUUCUUCCCUCGGCGUUCAUCUGCAAACAUUAAAAAUAGGUGGUCUCAACUUGUAAGCAAAGGUUUAGCUUUCGCUCAACAUUUUCAUAUUGGACCUCCAAAACCAAAUGAUGCUUCAGAACCAGAAGUUCCAAAACAAGAAUUAGUACAGAAACCUCCUGAGGAAGAGAAAAAAGUCGAAAAAACAACUCCCCGAUUAUUUUCUUUACCUUCAAUUCAUGAAUUUGCGAGUGGCAAUGCAAUAUCCAAUUUGUUUAAUCGCAGCAUAUUAAGAACGUCAUUUUUCUCAGGAAAUAAGCAAAUUGAACCUCAAUUAUUAACAGAGCAACCAGAAAUAGACGAUAACUCCAAAGAUAAAUCAGUUCAAAGGUUGCACAAUUUCAAAGGCUUUACAGGACUUCUUUGGUAG